AUGGCGAGCCGCGACAAGGUCGGCUGCCCCACGGCCACGCUGCCCCUCGACCGCCUCCUGGCCUCGCUCGCCGCCAACGCGGAGCAGCUGGGGAAGAGAUGGGAGAUCGCCGUCCGCGACCGGAGGGCCAGAGCGGCCGAGCGGAGGAUGGAGGCGGAUGCGGCGCCGCCGGUGCAGCUGCACACGCCGCUCUUCUACGCCACCUGCGCCCUCGGCGGGGUCCUCAGCACUGGCCUCACCCACCUCGCAGUCACGCCGCUCGACCUCGUCAAGUGCAAUAUGCAGGUUGACCCUAGCAAGUACAGGGACAUCUCGUCUGGCUUCGGUGUGCUGCUCCAAGAGCAGGGUCUCGGUGGGUUCUUCAAAGGCUGGAUGGCCACGCUGGUUGGGUAUAGUAGCCAGGGAGCCUGCAAGUUUGGUUUCUACGAGUACUUUAAGAAGUGCUACUCGGACAUUGCUGGUCCCGAGAAUGCUGACAGGUUGAAGACCGCCAUCUACCUCGCUGCAUCGGCGUCGGCUGAGGUAAUUGCAGAUUUAGCUCUCUGCCCCAUGGAAGCCGUCAAGGUUCGGAUCCAGACGCAGCCGGGAUUCGCUCGAUGCCUAACCGAUGGGCUUCCGAAGCUUGUCCGGUCCGAAGGUGCCUUUGGGCUUUACAAGGGAAUAGUUCCUCUUUGGGGCCGCCAAAUUCCUUACACUAUGAUGAAAUUUGCUUGUUUUGAGACCAUUGUUGAGAUGGUGUACAAGCAUGCUGUCCCAAAACCAAAAGAUCAAUGCAGUAAACCACUCCAGCUAGCUGUGAGUUUUGCAGGGGGGUACAUUGCUGGAGUCUUAUGUGCUGCUAUCUCUCAUCCCGCAGACAACUUGGUGUCUUUUCUCAACAAUGCAAAGGGAGCCACUGUGGCAGAUGCUAUAACAACCAUUGGGCUGUGGGGCCUUUUCACUCGUGGCCUUCCACUCCGUAUUAUCAUGGUCGGUACUCUUACCGGAGCGCAAUGGGCAACAUAUGACGCGUUUAAAGUAUUUGUUGGGCUACCAACCACCGGGGGAGUCAGCUCUAGUUGUCAUGCUGCCACUACUUUGCACCGAGUAGAUCAUGAGAAGCAGAACUGA